UUUAUCAUUUUAGUAGUUUUGUUAUUAGAUGGUAAAUGAUAAAUGGAGCAGAAGAAGCGAUUAUGAUGAUAGGUUUCAUAUUUUUUAUGGGAAAUUUUUAGUGGCAGUGGCAGCCAAAGUGAAAGCAAAUCAAGCAAAGCAACGAAGAGCAUAAACACUAAUGCAAGUGAGUUGUGGUUUAGUUGUUGGCACUCACAACUCCAACGAGCUUCUAGUUAUUCGUCGCCAUGGGGACGACUCUUCACCAAAGACGGGGGAACAUUUAAUCGGCCAAACAUGCAACAUAUGCGGAGAUGAAGUUGGACUAGCAACUGAGGGAGAGUUGUUCGUGGCCUGCAAUGAGUGUGCCUUCCCUAUUUGUCGUGUUUGCUAUGACUACGAGCGCAAGGAAGGGAACCAGACGUGCCCUCGGUGUAAAACCAGAUUCAAACGUCUCAAAGGCUGUCGUAGAGUGGAAGGAGAUGAAGAAGAAGAUGAAAUUGAUGACUUAGACAAUGAGUUCAGUUUCGAGGGAUCCAGCAAUGAGCAGCACCAUUUUGUUGUUCAUAGGGGGCCGCAACUUUCCCUUCUCAGUAAUGGUCACAAGGUAUUAUUACCAACCUGUAAUCGAAAUCAUAAUAUAACUACUGAUUUAACAGCUUAUGGCUAUGGAAGUGUUGCUUGGAAGGAGACAUGGAAACAAGAAACAGGAAAAUUACAGCUGAAGAAUUCGUAUAAUGGUUGCAAUGAUGUCUUUCCUGAUGACCUUGAUUUACCUUCAAGGGAUGAAGCUAGGCAACCAUUGUCAAGAAAGUUUGGAAUCCGAUCGAGCCAAAUCAACCCAUACCGGAUGAUCAUCAUAAUUCGACUUGUAGUUGUUGGAGUUUUCUUCCACUAUCGAGUGAAGCACCCAGUUGAGGAUGCCUACGCUUUAUGGCUCGUAUCUGUCAUCUGUGAAACAUGCUUUGCACUUCAAUGGAUUCUUGAACAGUUCCCAAAAUGGCAUCCAAUCAACAGGGAAACUUAUCUUGAUAGAUUAUCCCUGAGAUAUGAGGAGGAGGGGCAACCUUCACAACUUGCUCAUAUUGACCUAUUUGUAACCACAGUUGAUCCAUUAAAAGAAUCACCUUUGGUGACUGCAAAUACAGUUCUUUCCAUACUUGCUGUGGAUUACCCGGCUGAUAAGCUCUCAUGUUAUGUUUCUGACGAUGGUGCUUCCCUGCUAACAUUUGAAGCAUUGUUCGAAACAUCUGAAUUUGCAAGAAAAUGGGUACCAUUUUGCAACAAGUUUAACGUUGAACCGAGGGCACCCGAGUGGUAUUUUUCUCGAAAGGUAGAUUAUUUCAAAGACAAGAUUUUACCAUCGUUUGUGAUGGAAAGAAGAGCAAUGAAGAGAGAGUAUGAAGAGUUCAAAAUUCGAAUCAAUACAUUGGUUGCCAAGGCUCAAAAGGCUCCAAAAGAUGGGUGGAUCAUGCAGGAUGGAACUCCUUGGCCUGGGAACAAUACUCAUCAUCAUCCCGGAAUGAUUCAGGUUUUUCUUGGACAAGGGGGAAGACAUGACGCAGAUGGCAAUGAAUUGCCACGCUUGGUAUAUGUUUCUAGAGAAAAAGGACCUAGUUUUAAUCACCAUAAAAAGGCUGAAGCUUUGAAUGCUUUGGUAAGAGUCUCUGCAGUGCUCACAAAUGCACCGUAUCUCUUAAAUUUGGAUUACAAUCACUACAUCAACAAUAGCAAGGCUCUUAAAGAGGCAAUGUGUUUCAUGAUGGAUCCAUUGUCAGGAAAAAGAGUAUGUUUUGUUCAAUUCUCCCAGCGGUUCGAUGACAUUGAUAACCAUGAUCAAUAUGCCAAUAGAAACCCCAUAUUAUUUUAUGUUAAUAUGAAAGGUUUGGAUGGCAUUCAAGGUCCUAUAUAUACUGGUACUGGAUGUGUAUUGAGAAGAGUAGCACUUUAUGGCUAUGAUGCUCCGAAACCAAAGAAGCCACCUACAAGAACAUGCAACUGUUGGCAUAAAUGGUGUUGUGGAUUUUUGUGCUUAAGAAGGAAGAAGAAGCAGCAGCUUAAUAAGGUACCAAAGACCGUGAUUCAAACAAGACAUACUAAACAAGGUGAUGAAGAAGCUUUACCACUCAUGUCUGCUACUAUGGAGGCCGUCGAAGAAGGGGCACUCGAAAAGAUGUUUGGUCAGUCCCCUGUUUUUAUCGCAUCAACCUUGGUAGAAAAUGGUGAAACAUUCAAUGGAGCUAGCCUUGCAUCUCGGCUUAGAAAAGCCAUCCAUGUCAUCGGUUGUGGCUAUGAAGAUAAAACCGAGUGGGGAAAAGAGGUUGGAUGGAUAUAUGGGUCGGUUACAGAGAAUAUAUUAACAGGAUUUAAAAUGCAUAGCCAUGGGUGGCGAUCUGUACAUUGUUUUCCUGCUAGGCUUGCAUUUAAGGGAUUUGGUUCAGUCAACCUUGAGGAUCAUCUGCAAGAGGUUCAGCGAUGGGCGCUUGGAUCGAUUGAAAUAUUCUUAAGUAGGCAUUGCCCUAUUUGGUAUGGCUAUGGAGGUGGUCUCAAGUUGUUGGAACGUAUUGCGUACAUAAAUGUAGUCGUAUAUCCAUGGACCUCUAUUCCUCUUCUUGCAUAUUGUACACUUCCUGCUGUCUGCUUGUUCACAGGCAAAUUCAUCAUUCCAGAGCUCAGCAGUGCUGGAAGCUUGUGGCUCUUGUCGCUUUUCAUAUGUAUUUUCGCAACAAACAUCCUGGAAAUGAAAUGGAAUGGAAUCAGCAUUAACGAAUGGUGGAGAAAUGAAAAACUUUGGGUGAUCGGAGCCGUUUCAGCUCAACUGUUUGCCGUAUUCCAAGGGCUUUUGAAGAUUAUGACUGGUAUUAACACUAACUCCAGUGUAACUUCAAAGGUAGAAGGCGACAAUGGAGAUUUCUCCCAACUGUGGGACUUAAAAUGGACGACAUUGCUCAUCCCACCUACAACGUUGCUUAUAAUAAACAUCGUAGGAGUUAUUGCUGGUAUCGCAAAGGCAAUCAACAAUGGGUAUGAUUCAUGGGGACCAUUUUUUGGGAAGUUUUUCUUUGCUUUCUGGGUCAUUGUUCAUCUUUAUCCCUUGCUAAAGGGUUUGACAGGGCGACAAAGCAGGGCGCCUACCAUUGUUGUUGUUUGGUCGGUUUUGUUAGCUUCGAUUUUUAUAUUUGUGUGGGUUCGGUUGGAUUCGUUCUUUCCCGAAUCAGAUGGUCCGUCUCUUGUGGAAUGUGGGUUGGACUGUAAAUGAUAGUAUUGCUAGUUUAAUUAAUAGGAGACAGCUCCUUUUCAUUAUUUUGUAAUUUAACACAAUUUUAAUAUUUUAUAUAUGAAUUGAUU